UAUGGGUCCCGCCCCACAGCUGUGCUGCCCGCUGGCCAUGGAGCGCAGCAGGGAGGGGGGUUCCUGUGGGUCCCUAUGGAUCUCUAUGGGGUUCCCUAUGGGGCGGUGUUACCAUGGGGUUCCCUAUGGGGUUCCUAUGGGUUUCUAUGGGGUCAGCUAUGGAGCAGUGUCCCUAUGGGGUUGCUAUGGAGUUCCUAUGGGGUUCCUAUGGGUUUCUAUGGGGUUUCUAUGGGUUCCUAUGGGUCCCGCCCCACAGCUGGACUGCCCGCUGGCCAUGGAGCGCAUCAGGGAGGGGGGGUUCCUAUGGGUCCCUAUGGGUCUCUAUGGGGUCAGCUAUGGAGCAGUGUCCCUAUGGGGUUGCUAUGGGGUUUCUAUGGGGUUCCCUAUGGGUUUCUAUGGGGUUCCUAUGGGUUUCUAUGGGGUUGCUAUGGGUUCCUAUGGGUCCCGCCCCACAGCUGGACUGCCCGCUGGCCAUGGAGCGCAUCAGGGAGGACCGCCCCAUCACCAUGAGGGACGACAAGGGCAACCUGAACCGCUGCAUCGCUGACAUCGUGUCGCUGUUCAUCACCAUUAUGGACAAACUGCGCCUGGAGAUCCGCGCCAUGGAUGAGAUCCAGCCGGACCUUCGGGAGCUGCUGGAGACGAUGAACCGCAUGAGCGCCCUGCCCAAGGACUUCGAGGGCCGGCACCACGUCCUGCACUGGCUGCAGACGCUGAGCUCCAUGUCGGCUGCAGACGAGCUGGAUGACGCUCAGGUCCGCCAGAUGCUCUUUGACCUCGAGUCGGCCUACAACGCCUUCAACCGCUGCCUGCACGCCUGAACCCAGGAACCGGAACCGGAACCGGAACCGGAACCGGAACCAGAAUGAGGAGGCAAUGGCAGCAACACAGCAUCACUGUGCAGCCAAUGGAAGCAAUGGAAACAGGGGAGGCAAUGGAACCGAUGGAGCGAUGGUUCUGAUGGAGCCAAGGGGACCAAUGGAGCCAAUGUGACCCAACAGAACCAAUGGAACCAAUGGAGCCAGUGUGACCCAACGGAACCAAUGGAACCAAUGGAGCCAAUGGUUCUGAUGGAGCCAAUGGGACCAAUGGAGCCAGUGUGACCCAAUGGAACCAAUGGAGCCAGUGUGACCCAACGGAACCAAUGGACAAAAUGGAGCCAAUGGUUCUGAUGGAGCCAACGGAACCAAUGGACAAAAUGGAACCAAUGGAACCAAUGGAGCCAAUGGAGCCAAUGGAACCAAUG